UAUCUGUCAUGCAAGUCAAAAGGAUAGUGAGGAGUCCAGCGUAGAGAAAUUGCCGGCAGCCUACUUGUAAUAGCCCACAUUUAUUCUCUGUAAUUUUUUUCUUUUUUUCCCCCCCUGCGCUGCUCGAGCUUUUUUUGGAGCGUCCUUCUUAUGAAUUACACACAAAGCAGGAGGCGUCUCUUUACAUUUAGUUGUAUCAUCUGUGUUGAGAGGACGAUGCCUUUGAGGACCGGACUUUUUCUCCUGAUGGUGCUGAAUGCAUCUGCAUAUGAACUGGAUCAGAACGAGUCCUAUUCGCCCAGGAGAGCACGCUUUUCUGCCAAUAGCCCUUCAGAUGUGGCACGCUGUCUCAACAGUGCCCUCCAAGUUGGCUGUGGAGCCUUCGCCUGCCUGGAGAACUCAACUUGUGACACAGAUGGCAUGCAUGACAUCUGCAAGUCCUUCCUAUACAGUGCUGCUAAAUUUGACACUCAGGGUAAAGCAUUUGUGAAGGAGAGCCUUAAAUGCAUUGCCAAUGGCAUCACCUCCAAGGCAUUCCCCACCAUCCGCCGCUGCUCCACCUUCCAAAGAAUGAUAUCUGAAGUCCAAGAGGAGUGUUACAGCAAGCUGGACAUCUGCACUGUGGCCCGAUCUAAUCCAGAUGCUAUUGGUGAAGUGGCACAGCUACCGAGUCACUUCCCCAAUAGGUUUUAUGGUAAGCUGCUACAGAGCCUGAUGGACUGUGAUGAGGACACAGUGGAUCGCGUUCGGACCAGCAUGGUGUCACGGCUGGGCCCAGAGAUGACCAUGCUUAUUCAGCUGCUGCAGAACAAGCCCUGCCCAUCCACUGCUGUGGCUGCAGCUGCUGCCAUCCCAACUGGAGUGGAGGGCCGUGGGAGCUGGCGCUGGUCCAUGGGUCCCCAUAUGUACAAGAUCCAGCCUAAUCUGCGAAACAGAGACUCUGCCAGUCAUUUUGGCAAAAAGCGCUCUGCUAGUGACAGCUCCUAACUUCCACUCAGAGUCAGAAAAAAAAAAAAAAACUCCACACACUCCUCAAAACAUCACGAAAGCUCCUCUAUUCCCUAGGGGUGAUAAAAAAUCCAUUCCUCCGCUAGACUGGAAGUUACAGAAAUAUGUACCUCUAGAGAAUGCCGGACCGCCCAUAGAGUUGAUAUCAGUUUGAUUGUUGUUAUAUUGUAUAUCCUACACUUUAGGCUUGAGAAACCCCUCUUCCAUUGACUGUUUUCAAACGUGUCCACUCACAGUUAGUGUUGAACAUGUGGCUGUUGCAUUUGUGCAACACGGUCCUGUUCACGCCUCUUCACAUCCUCCAACAGAGAUGAAUCCUUAAGAAGUCUUUUGAUGCCACACAAAAAAAGAGAGAAAAGAUUUAACAACAACAAAAAAAGAAUAGCCAUAGUGGUUCAUGCCUCUAAAGCACAAGCCAGUACUUUAAAAGACAAAAACACAAUUUCAUAAUUCUGACAUUUGUUCAUGAAUAGAAAUCACUAGUUGGAUUAUUAUUGGUUCAUUUUUAGGAAUGAGAACUUAUUGGUCAAUGUGUCAAAUAUUUCAGCAAUGGAACCAGUCAAAUUGUGAGCAUGAGAUGUGGAAAUGAGCUUCAUAGCAAUUUUCUGAACCUAACAUAACACUUAAAUGUACUGUAUACUACGUUAUCAGAGACAGCCAUAGCUAGCCCUCUAAAAGAGAGUGCUCAUACGGAGUGAGGUCUGUAGAGGUUUCAUGCUAACCUUUGAGAGGUUACCUUAAACUGACCAAAAAACUUCAAACUGCCCUGAAUGCUAUUCAUGAAAUACCAAAAUUCUGUAUAGCUAUAGCACUUAUAAUUAUUUUUUGUCUGAUGGCAGAUGUAGCCAUGGUCAUGUGUUUCAAAUCAUUAUCCUGCACAGAAGGAUUGUCCAGGUCAUGGCCAAGUCCAUCAGAAAAAAGUCCUUUUUGCAUAUCUUGUAUCCAGACACUUGCAAUGCAUAAGACUGUUGAGCUCUACAGUAUAUGUGGGACCAUGUUUAGUGGGAUCUGAAUCAUGUUCUUAACUGAGUGUGAAGCAGUUGUGUAUGUGCAGCAGCUGAUUAGCACGUUCACCAAUGAGACUGAGAGCAGCCAUCUUCUUGGACUGAUGAUCAUCAUUCUCUGAGGUGAAUCAUGUGACAUACACACUGGCUUCCAGUGUCAAGAUGGAGAAUGACUAUUUAAAAAAAAAAAAAAAAGCCUUGUUGGAAUGAUAUUUAUUUUCCUACUAUAUUAUUUAAUGUUUUUUUUAUUUCAAUGCAUUAUUGUAGUUUUAAUUAGUUUACGGAAUUUUUAAAAAGCAGUUCGGUCAUGGCUCCUAUUUGAACAUGAGCUCUAUGCCAAAAAAAAAGAAGUGAGCUGACACUCUGGUGACUGAAUGGGACCCAUGUCAUGACUCUGUGCUGGCCAUAGGGGAACAAGGUUGGUCAUUCAGGUCAGGGGAUCUACUUUAUGGGUGUUACAAGGGACCACAACAAAACAUUAGCUUAGUUUUGACACGCUUUCUGGUUUUAAAACAGGAUUGUCAUUGCAGCUGCUAGAUGUUCAGUGCUGGAGGUUUGUGCACAUUAAGGAGGAUUAACCAGGUAUGAUGACCGGAAAGCAAACACCAGCAUCAAGUACCAUGUUAGGAAGGUGUUUUUGAUGGUUCUGAACCUGUUUGGAGCAAGAAUACAGAAAGAUUAUGAAAGGAAGAAAUCUAAUUUAUGAUAAAAACAAUCUAAAUGUUUGAUUCAUGUUGGAAAUUGAUGAAAUUCGUUUGAUACUUCGUGCACUAGGCUGACUUCUUGCUACAGUUGCAUUGGCAUUAAGCUACACACAAGUAGCAGGUCACUACUACUGUGUGUAAAGAAAUUUAUAGAUGCUGUUACCAACUCACAGAAACUUGAUUUAACAUUGCCGUGAUUUUGGUUACUUUAGUCUUUACUGUUCACGUAGGAGGGCCCGUUGUGUAUGUGGGGAUGUCAUAAGUGUGCAUUAAUGUAACAAAAAGACCCAGUAGACUUUAUCUGUUUAGCAAUUCUCUUUCAGAAGCUUGUUUCAUGGCCUUCAGGGAUCAAGACAAUCAUUCAGAAUAAGCAGUUUAGUGCAGAGUCAUCAUCAGUGAGAACGGUCUUCAUGCUGGUGUUUGCUUUUAUCUGUAACUACAAGAUAGGUGGUAGUUUGGCACCAUGAACUUCAAUGGGAUAAUCAGUGGCUUAAGUUAGUAAGUUAAGAGUAAAUUGCAAAUAUUUGUGCACAUUAAAAAUGCAGUAUAGAGGCUAACUUUGAACCAGGGGUGGGCUCAGCUAAUUAAUUGAACUAAUUGAACUAAUUCCAUUUCUGGACAAUCUAAAUCUUGCAAACUGGUCACCUUGAAAUCAAUUGUUUGAUUACAAAAAUACUAAGAAAUGAUUGCCUGAUUUCUUUUUAUUUUGCCUGCAUGAGAGGAAUUGAGCCCAGCCCUGUUUGCAAAAAAAGGGUGAAUUUCUAAGUUGUCCUGGAUUUCUAAGAGCAAAGCACAGACCAGAAAAUGAGAAGUUUUGUUUUUCAGUGUCAAUUUAAUAGCUAUGUUAAGAAUUCCAAACUAUGCAAUAAUCACACACAAAGGAUUCACAGCAACACAGAAAUUGACCUUUAUUUCAUUCAGUGCCAGCUGAUGCUGUGUGAAUAAAGCAGCAGCAUGUGUGCUCUCAUACUGCACUCCCAGUGUGAAGGCAUUGCUCCUCUACGAUGCUUUCUGUUUCUGUGUUUUUUGUAAAAGGGCGUUUCUUUUGUUCUAUGAAUGCGACCAUUUCUUUUGUGUCAUGUGGUGCGAAAGGACAGCUGUUCUGAAGGAAUCACUUGGGAAGUUAAGAGCUAUAGUCACACUGUAGUAUAUCCUAGCUUAUAUUUUAUGUUUAAUAUGCACUUUGCAUCUUAACCACUAUAAAGGGCAUUGAAACAUUCAGUACAUGUGCAACUGAGGCAUAUUUUAUUUACCCAGUGAAUGGAGAUAAGUUUGAAUACUCUGCAUCCUGAAGGGUCAGGGCUUCUUCAUGUACUAUUGAUACAUAUGUCUGUAUCUUUGUUGUCCAUGGGUAAAUCCAAAACCCAACAGCUGCUGCUAAACUGUUACUACCCUGUAUGAUGCUGUCCAGAUGCCCUUCUACUGUGGCCGCUCUGACCUGUCAACACACAGUGAGCUCAGCAUCAGUCCACAUCUGCAUUUUUAAUGUCUAUCCAUGUCUACAUAUUUAUUUUCUAUGAACAUUCCUCGUGUCAAAUAUAUUUGGCAAGGGCAAAUUGACUGUUUCCUCACCAAGUAAAAUGUAACGGUAAUUCUAGAGAAUGUACCUGUAUACUGAAUGUCUCUUUCGACAUGCCCAAGUUAGGUGAUCAAUGAAGGCUAUUAGGUUAAAAAGAAAAAAAAGUGAGUAAAGUAUGAGGCUUUUGGUUUCUUUCUGUUUUAGAUUUUAAUUGAACCUUUUGGGUGCUUAAGGUGGUACUGGAGUAUUGUUAAAUUGACCCAUGGUGAGUUUUGUGAAACUGUUCCUGUCAAUACUAGAGACUAAAAUCUCCCUCACUUCUGGCACUUCAUGGUACUCUUUCCUCUCAAGACUUGAAAUAGAUUGAUAAAUGUUGUCGUGCUUAAUCAAAAAUCAAAAAGCUUCAGUGACUAGUAAAGUUUAUUUUGUAUUCAUAUAUAGGUGACAGUUAUUUUACUAUCAGAUUCAAAAAGUUAUUGCAGAUAUUAGGAGAUUACUGAAGUUCCUGAUACAGAUGCUAUGUAACGCAUGAUUGACCCUUGUGAAUCACUUGCACUUUAAAAUAUACCCAUAUACAUAUAUGCCCAUACUGUGUAUAUGUUUGGGUUUCUCCUCUGUACUGAAAAGUCAUGAAAGAUACAAAUGCAUCAAUUGUGUGUCUUUUGCUGAUCAGAAAUAAAAUAUUUAUCAUAUCUGG